CACAAGAUCGAUCAAUCCAAGGUGAUAAAGAAAAGUAGAGAAGAAGAAAACCAGAAAAUGGUUGAAGAGAGUUCAUCCCAAAAACCGAACAGCAGCCGAACAAGGCGUGCGUCAAACACCACAAUCUCAGCAGCUGGUAGCUUGGUAAAGCUUCUCCCAACAGGCACGGUGUUCGUGUUCCAGUUCCUGAACCCCGUCGCCACCAACAGCGGUCAAUGCAACACCACCAACAGGUGGCUCAGCGCCAUUCUCCUUCUGCUCUGUGGCUUCAGCUGCGCCUUUUCCUCCUUCACUGAUAGCUACACAGGCAGUGAUAAGCAGAGGCACUAUGGCUUCGUAACCCGCAAGGGAAUCUGGCCUUCUCCAGCUUCCGACUCCGUUGACUUGUCAGGGUACAGACUCGGCUUUGCGGACUUCGUCCAUGCUGCUUUAUCUUUGUUAGUGUUCGCGGUGUUGGGGCUGUUGGAUACCAACACUGUGCACUGUUUCUACGCUAGUUUUGAGUCAACUCAGAAGAGUCUGCUUCAGGUGCUGCCCACAGUUGUUGGGGUGUUUGCGGGUGGGGUGUUCAUGAUUUUCCCCAAUACCCGCCAUGGAAUUGGAUACGCUUUAACUUCUGAUCCUAACGAAACCACCCCAAAGUCCAGUGAUACUACCGACCCUCAGAAAAACUCGGUUGAGAAUGCUUAGUAUCAAUAGUUUCUUGCCAUGACAAUAUGGCGCUCGCUGCUCCAGACUACGCACAUUCCUGCAUGCAUGGCGUGAAAUUUUACUGUAAUGAGCUUUUCUGUUGCCUCUAACGACAAUUAUUUUUGCUUUUCUGCGACUUGUAUUGUCAUAAGUCGUGUUUAAUGGUCGAAACUGAACUUGGUUUAGCGUUUUUCUGUGUAUUUGACCAGGUUGCUUUUCAGCGACUUGGAUGUACUGUGACUUUCUAUUGGUUAUCUCAUAUCAUACCAUAUUUGUUUCGGA